AUGAAGGGGCGGCACGAGCGUGCUAAGAAGGGUUGGACUGGAGUGGCGGUAGUGUGGCUUAUACUGCCUCUCUUCGUUCUCAUUGUGCUGAAGACUGAUUUCCUGCCUCAGGUUGCUCGCCUUGGAGACACCGGCUUUACUAAAGUUGCAGAUGAAAUGGUUAUGAAGGUUUCAUCUUUCGGUCUAGACCGAGCAAGAUGGCAACAUAAACAAACACUUGACGGAACGAAGCUACAAGAUUCCGUCGUCGGGGCACCGGUUCCUUUAACGUCGUCGAGUGACGAGAUGAGAGACCACGUCGACGCGAGUAAAGAUUCAAACCAACCAAGCCAAUUCCUUGCCAUGAAUGGGUCGAAAGACAGCCGUUUGAUAAAUUCAGAUGUAGCAGCCCCAAGGAGCAAUUUAACAUGUAACUUUAGCAGUGGUACCAUGGACACCUGUACCAUGGAAGGUGACAUCCGUAUCCAUGGCAGGACCGCCAUGGUGUACGUCGUCGCAUCGUCGGACUACCGGGCGGAGAACGCGACGACGGUGAUCCGCCCAUACCCGCGCAAGUGGGAGCAGGCAACGAUGGAGAGGGUCCGGAAGAUCACCAUCCGGUCCACUGCGCCAGGCGCCACCGACAUCAUACCGCUGCGGUGCACGGUGACACGAGACAUGCCGGCGGUGGUGUUCUCCACCGGCGGCUACAGCGUCAACUUCUUCCACACCAUGAACGACAUCAUAAUCCCGCUCUACAUAAUGGCACGGGAGUUCGGUGGCCACGUCCAACUCCUAGCGGCCAACUACGACCACAAGUGGACGGCGAAAUACCAGUCCAUGCUUGCUGUGCUGUCCAUGUACCCGGUCGUGGACCUCGACACCGACGCUGCAGUGCGGUGCUUCCCGGUGGCUCUCGUCGGCGUCCAGAGCCACAAGGUGCUCGGCAUCAACCCAGCACUCACCCGGAAUGGCUACACCAUGCCGGGCUUCCUGGACUUCCUCAGGUCGGCCUACUCGCUGCAGAGGCAUGAGGUGACCCCUGUAAGCCGGAGCACCGGGCAGAGGCCUCGGCUUGUACUGGUGCUGCGCCGCAAGUCGAGGGCGCUCACGAACGAGGCCGAGGUCGUCGCGGCCGUGACUGAGCUCGGUUUCGAGGUCGUGGUCGCAGGUCCGGAGGAUGUCAGCGACGUGGGACGGUUUGCGGCGGUGGUAAACUCGUGCGACGUGAUGGUGGGUGUGCACGGCGCCGGGCUGACCAACAUGGUGUUCCUUCCGCACAACGGCACCGUCGUGCAGAUCAUCCCGUGGGGCGGGAUGAAGUGGCCGUGCUGGUACGACUACGGCGAGCCGGUCCCAGCUAUGGGCCUCCGCUACGUGGAGUACGAGGUGACGGCCAAUGAGACAACUCUCAAGGAUAGGUAUCCCAGGGACCACCCCGUCUUCACCGACCCCAUAUCCAUACAUCGCCAGGGUUUCAACCACCUCUGGUCGACCUUCCUCAAUGGCCAGAACGUCACCUUGGACAUCCAUCGGUUCAAAGGGGUCAUGCAGCAAGUGUACUUGUCGGUCACAGCGGCUUAA